CUACACUGGCCAGCCACAUCGUGUUUCUCAUCCCUUUGCACGGUUGACUCUCGCUAAUAUCAAACAAGCAAGCCAGCCUUAAUGAGCCCAGUGAUUGGUUCCGAACCUAUUUUGUCGACAACCGUUGCGGAUGCACUCGAUUUCUCUCACCCAGGACCAACCCCUAUUCAAUUUCCACGGCAAUGCCACCUCCAAAAUCUUCUCUCCCGCGGGCACCCGAACCCCGGUUCUCCCGGUCCUUCGACCCCUGGAACUCGUCCUCAACUGGUCACCAGCGCCCCGAGGUCCGCCCGACCGAGGGCUGGCGGGACAACCGCAACCGCAAGCUCAUGUCCCAGUUCCGCGGCGGCCUGUCGGGCGGCGAACGCCUCAGCGACACCGUCGGCGCCGGAAGCGCCGACUUCGAUCCCAAGCUCGGCAUGGUGGUGCCCAGGGCUCUUCGGGCGCGCUCUGCCGUCAGCGUCCGGGACAUGCUGGCACAGCCCGGGAAAAUGCGCGAGACGCUGCGCAGAAGCACGGGGGACGACGUGAGUACCGUGGGGCGUGAGGACGAAAAAAUGCCCAACGGCGCUGCUGCGAUGAGGUCCGAAGACCGGGGCGACGACGGGAAUGACCGGAAUGGGGAGCAGGAUCGCAGCGAGACCCAGGCUUCUUCCGGUGGGAGAGGCAUCUUUGAUGGCGUCGUGGUCUACGUCAACGGCAGCACGGCGCCGCUCGUGUCGGACCACCGCCUCAAGCGCAUCCUUGUCGAGCAGGGGGCUAAGGUGUCGCUGCACCUCGGCCGGCGGCAGGUCACACAUGUCGUUAUUGGGAGACCCGUGAGUGGGGGGAUGGGCUCGGGGGGUGCUCUGGCUGGUGGCAAGCUGGAAAAGGAGAUUCGGACGAUCAGAGGUUCCGGGGUCCAGUAUGUGGAUGUCGAAUGGGUGCUCGAAAGCCUCAAGGCUGGGAAGAGGUUACCAGAGUCACGGUUUGCAACCUUAAAGGUAGCCAGAGAAGGACAGCGGAGCGUCUAUGGCAUGUACCCUGCACGAACUAGGUCCGAAACACAUGGCCACUCUGUAACAUAGUCAACAUGGUCAUGAAGGCGCUUGCUAUGUUUUGCGUUUGAAAAUGCCGUACGACGCGACGCUUCUGGGAACGGCUCGUCACAGGUUAUGUCGUCAUGAAACAGUCAAGCCAGGCGCGAAAUGAUUCUUCUUCUUUGUCCACUGCCUUCUAUUAUAUAUAUUUGUUUUCUUCUUCCUGCGUUGGUCUGCGGCACUAGGAUACGGCAUGGAUAAUGAGAUCACGAGCUUUAUACCUGGUCACUGGGAAUCAUGAGGGAUUCGGGAUAUUGCUGAUCCGGGUUGUGUGCUCCCAAAAUGAGCCCAUAGUUCUCGGCAUCCGAUAGAACCACAGACGACGAAGAGCAUGCGGAAUCACGAAC